CCCCCCCCCGGCCUUCUCUCCCAUGAGGCUGAACACGGGAGGUCGCGUAGGCGGGGAAACCCCAUCCCAAACAUUGACUCUCUCUUGUUCCUGACCAGCCACUUCACUCUUCAAGAUUCACUCUCCAGAUGAACACUGCCCGACAUUGACCUCGCGCCAACCCUCCGGCCGACCUCGACCUCGACCUCGACCUCGACCAACAUGUCGACAUCGCCCAUUCGAGAGACCAUCGCCGCACCCGCCUGGCCAAAGCCAAUUCCUCCCCUCGACGCGCCUCCAUCUCCCAGAUCGCACCGCGCCCUGCGCCGUCUCCAAUCCGCCCACGCCCUGGGACAGCAGGCCAGCAAUCAACCCUCACUGAUUACCCGGCAGCAUCGACAGGCGCUGCAGCUCAAUAGCACCCCGGUCAAGAAAGAUCCGCCCACGAGAGCCAGAUCGAACAGCGAUGCGACAAACAUGACCCCCCCUAAUCCGGACUCGGCGGGCAGGCGCCCAAUGCCCGUGAGGAGGCCGACCGCAGAGGCUCUCUCGCUGGAUCGUCUCAUAAGGGACGGACCGCCAGACGGGGAUCUCUUGGGUGGGUUGGAAGCAACGCGGUUGAAGAUCUUGGACCAGGGCGUCAAGAGCGAUAGUGAUGGCAUGUCCUCUCUGCGCAUCUACGUGUGGUUGAUCCUCCUCAAUGCUCCCGUCCUCGAGACCGACUCCUACCUCACCCUCAUCCACCGCGGCGCAUCCCCAGCCUACUCCAAGAUUCGCAAUGAUACCUUUCGCACAUUAGCAACCGAUCCCCUGUUCAGACGGAGAGUCAGUGAGGCCAGUCUCAUCCGACUCCUCAAUGCCGUGGCGUGGAAACUGCAUGAUGCGAAGGAAGAGCGAGCCAAGGGUCUUGCGAAUACGGGGAACAAGAUGAGGAACACGGCCGACGAGCACGGGAGUCCCGUGCUUCAGAAUUCAACCCCGGCGAUAGAGCCAGGAGCGAGGGCUCUAGCUUUGAAUGAAGGCUCCCAGGUCCCCGCGUCAGAACCAGGCACUUAUGUUCAGGGCAUGAAUGUCCUCGCUGCACCCUUCCUCUACGCCGCGCGCAGCGAGGCCGAAGCAUUCGUCGCCUUCCACCGAUUCAUUACACACGAGUGUCCGGGCUACGUGCGGGGUGCGAUGGACGGCGUCCACAAAGGGCUCGCACUGGUGGACAAGGUCCUCGCCAUCGUCGACCCGAAGCUCAGCCUGUAUCUCAUUGGCAAAGGAAUGAGCGCCGAACUGUACGCCUUCCCAUCCGUCCUCACCCUCUGCGCCUGCACGCCUCCCCUCCCCGAAGUGCUCCGCCUGUGGGACUUCCUCUUCGCAUAUGGCGCUCACCUCAACAUCCUCUGCAUCGUAGCCCAGCUCGUGAUCCUCCGGAACUCCAUCCUCAGUUCCCCUAGUCCUACCAAAAUCCUCCGGUCCUUCCCUCCCCUGCAAGCCGAAAUCAUCAAAGAAGUGACCUUGACGCUGAUCAAAAAGAUCCCUGACGACGUCUACGCCGAGAUUGUGAUGCACGCCAAGUAGCCCUUUGCGUCUAUAAGAAUUCUCUUUGUGCAGCAGCAAGAAUUCUCUUUGUACAACAGUCUUGGAGUUUGGUCGGGUCAGGUUCAAGGGUUUCAUACAUGCUAGGUAAGGUAUGUGUAUAAUGAUGGAGGUACGAAUAAAUGGAUGGGAAGCAAAGAAGGGCAUGGUUGAUGUUACACG